AUGACCGACUCCGACGACGAAGCCCUCUUCGCAUCCCUCGAAAACGAAGAUGACACAAGCUACCGUGACGCCCGAAUCCAACAACUAAACGAGGAAUUCGCGUCCAAAAAGAACAACCACAGCACAAACCCCAAACCCGGCAGUACAACCCUCCUCCAAAACGAAGUCUACCCAACCCUUUCAACCGACCAAGCCGUGCUGGACUUUACAACCCGCACCAGCCGCUGCCUAGUACACUUCGCACACCCUGAUUUUACACGGUGCGCGGUAAUGGACAUGCGACUAGGCGAGUUAGCGAGCGCGCACUACGAGGUCUCAUUUGCGCGAGUGGACGUGCGCAACACGCCAUUCAUUGCCGAGAAACUGGGGAUCCGGAUUCUGCCUUGUGUGAUUGGGUUUAAGGAUGGAGUUGGGGCUGAUCGGGUUGUUGGGUUUGAGGGGCUUGAGGCUCGGGGCUUCGAUGGAGUUGAGGGCUUUGAGGCGCGCAAUUUGGAGAAGAGAUUGGUUGCUAAGGGGGUGCUUGUGCAGGCCAAGUUGAGUGGUGGAGACGAUGAUGAUGAUAUACGUGAUGAGGAUAGUGGGGAUGACGCGGGUGCCAGGAGGACGUUUAGGAGGAUUAAGGGCAAGAGAGGGAUUCGGAGUGCCAAUCCCCAUGUGAGAAGUCGGGGAGACGACGACGAUGGUGAUUGGGAUUAA